AGGCAUAUAUUCCCUUUGUCUUCCCACUAUAAAACUAAAUCGUGUUUGCAGACUCAUCACCUCUGGUUAGAAGGUUGACGAUCAAACCUGGUUCUGGUUAGAGAUUGAAGUUGACGCCAAUCAAAACCAUCUCCAUCCAAAUAAUUGCACUGCUGGUCAUGUUGUCAGUGCAUGUACGUAUCUCACUGCAUCACCACUCUGCACCACCUGACAACACAAGGUGAAAAGAAAUCGACCACUGUGUUUAGGCUGCACAGCUGGCCAAGCCCUAAUGCCUGCCACCAUUGGACCAGCCAAAAGUUCAUCAUAAAUGCUUUGCUAAGGUCCUCUCCAAAUCCAACCAACUUCUACCAAGCGGCCUCUUCCCCUCGUUCCAUCGCUUUCUUCAUCCUUUCCUGCCUGCCCUGGUGCCCCAAACAGGUAUUUCUCUCUCCCUGUCUAUCGUUCGCAAUACCAGAGAGAAUGGAUCAGCCGGGCCACACCACCCCGCCGGUGAUGGGCGUCGCCACUGGGGUGCCCUACGCCGCGGCUGCCGGCGGCGGCCCCUACCAGGCCUACCAGCAUCUGUACCACCAGCAACAGCAGCAGCAGCAGCAGCAGCUCCAGUUGUUCUGGGCCGACCAGUUCCGCGAGAUCGAGCAGACCACCGACUUCAAGAACCACAGCCUGCCGCUCGCCCGGAUCAAGAAGAUCAUGAAGGCCGACGAGGACGUCCGCAUGAUCGCCGCCGAGGCCCCCGUGGUCUUCGCCAGGGCCUGCGAGAUGUUCAUCCUCGAGCUCACGCACCGGUCGUGGGCUCACGCCGAGGAGAACAAGCGCCGCACCUUGCAGAAGAAUGACAUAGCCGCCGCCAUCUCCCGCACCGACGUCUUCGACUUCCUCAUCGACAUCGUGCCGAGAGAGGAGGGGAAGGAAGACGUGGCACGCCCGCUCGGUGGCCCGCCCACCGACCCGAUGUCUUACUACUAUGUCCAGCAGUAGCAGUAGCAGCAUCAGCAUCAGCAUCAGCAUCAACAAUGUGCGCCUCUGUUUUCUUCCGCAAAGAGAUGUUUUCUCCGACAAUGCCUUGUCUUCCCCGUAAGUCAUUGCUAUUAGCAUCCAUCUGGAUUCGGAAGGAGCGGAAAACAGUCGACCUGUGGAACAGGAUGAUGGUGGUUGAAUGUUUUAACUUGUUAUAACUUGGUAUCGUCGACUGUUUACACCAAGGCAAUGUUUUGUUUAAAGGAUCUGCUUCUCUCGGAAAAUAACUUACUGAUGUAUGGUGAAUCAAAAUUUUGUGUGUCGAAACUUGAUCUUUUCAAGUGUAGUAGAUAUGAAGGAAUUGAUAUUAUUGUGA